CUUGUGUUCAUUACAGAAUUGGUGUAGAAGUUAAGGAAGAACGAAGGCCCCAGGUCUGUCUUGACUUAUUACAGUAAAGACAUUCAACAGAUAGAUGUCCUAAAGGGGCAAUCAUAUCGACCACAAAAGACUGCGGCGGCUUGUGAUCCUACAGGACUGUACUAAGACAGAUGCAUUUAUCUGACCAUGUCCUGAUAUCUCAGUAGUUUCAGAAUCCCAAAAUGGCAAUCCUACGAAAGCUGAGACUGUCUUUAUCAAGCGAAAGAAGAUCAGCCGAGGUUCCAAAGGGGCACUUAGCAGUAUACAUUGGGGAGACAAGUGAAAAGAAACGAUUUGUUGUUCCGAUGUCUUAUUUGAAGGAUCCUAUGUUUCAAGAAUUGUUGUCUCAAGCCGAAGAGGAAUUCGGGUUCUAUCAUCCAAUGGGAGGCCUGACAAUUCCCUGCAGCGAGAAUUUAUUUGUUGAUCUCACGUCCCGCUUGAGGAAGGCAUAGAAUGCAUACAUGUAUAUGUCAAGAUAGAUAGAUAGGAAGAUAGAGCAAGGAAAAGAUUUUUGUAUCGUUUUUUCUUGAAAUUUAUACGAUCGUUAAUAGA